UCGGUAUUGGCCAGGCUGCCGAGGAGAUAGAGGGGGACUGAUCGCAAAUCUCUUCUGGCUGCGCAAGGGAGCCGCGGUCUCCCAGUCCAGCCGUUCGCUGAGAGAGGAAGAGGGCGGAGGGGGCGAAAUGCAGCCAAGCUAGGAGACGAGGGGGGAGCGGCUGCUCACGAACAGGAAGAACAAAAUAAAACAGCCGCCGAAUCUGGAAGAACUGACAGACCAGGAAAAGGCGCUUGGAGGGGAAAGUAAAUUUGAACAAAGAAAGUAGACGAGAGAGAGAGAGAAAAAAAUUGAGAGAUUUAGCUUGUGAAAGAAGUUCAUUCCGGGCAUUUACAGGAAAAUAAAGAAAUACAAUUGAAAUUUAUGGAAAAACUGUACAAAGACUGACAAGCAACCAAUGUGCGAAGCAAGGUGGCAUCGUGUUGAACAAGGGGCUGGAAGAUGUCUGUGCUUGAUUCCCGGUCUUCAGAGAACACAAAGGCAGCUAGCAAGAUGACCUUUGACUUCCAGCAGAACGCUCCAUCGGACAACGACUCGGGCUGUGCUCUGGAGGAGUACGCAUGGGUCCCCCCAGGACUCAAGCCCGAACAGGUCCACCAAUACUUCCGCUGUCUCCCGGAGGAAAACAUCCCGUACGUCAACAGCAUCGGGGAGAAGUUCCGUGUGAAACAGCUCCUCUAUCAACUCCCGCCUCACGACAAUGAUGAAAAGUACUGCCAGUCGCUCAGUGAAGAGGAAAAGAUGGAGCUGCGCAUUUUCAGCGGACAGCGGAAGAGGGAAGCCCUGGGCCGCGGAAUCGUCCAGAUCUUCCCGCUAACUGCAUCCGGGGCACUGUGCGAAAAGUGUGGUGUGAAGAUGAACGGGGGCGAUGUGGCCGUCUUUGCUCAGAGAGCAGGGAACCGGACCUGUUGGCAUCCUCACUGCUUUGGCUGCAUCACCUGCCAGGAGCUCCUCGUCGACCUGAUAUACUUCUACCAGGAUGGCAAGAUAUACUGUGGCCGACACCACGCUGACCUCUUUAAACCCCGCUGUGCAUCAUGUGACCAGUUGAUCUUUUCGGAAGAGUGCACAGAGGCGGAGGGCAGAUAUUGGCACAUGGACCACUUCAGCUGUACUGAGUGUGAAGCCAUUCUCGGGGGACAGAAGUACAUAAUGAAGGAGGGACAGCCAUAUUGCUGCAGCUGUUUCGAAAUGCUUUACGCCGAGUACUGCGAAACUUGCAGGGAGAUCAUCAGUAUUGACUAUGGACAGAUCACCUACAGUGGCCACCACUGGCACGCCACCAGCUCUUGUUUCUGUUGUUCUCAGUGCCAGAAGCCUCUCUUGGGAUGCGCCUUCACCUACAGCCAGGGCCAUGUCUUCUGCUCGAUGCUGUGCAGCCAAGCGGAGGAGCCGGCCGGCUCUGACUCCUCAGAUUCUGCGGUUAAGUCGACGCAGUCCCAAGGAUCGAGUUGCACCUUCGGUCUGGGAGGAGACCGCGUGGCCACCAGUGCUUCAGGCAGCUCCUCGCCCAAGAACCCUCGCUGCCGCCAGACCGCCGAGACGCAGCCAGCGGACUGCACAGAGCCCCGCCUUCAACGUGGGGAUGUCCCCGGUGGUAACGGUGACCUUGCCUUGGCUCUCAACAGCCAGUACAGGAGUCCUGUCCAGAUCCAGCAGUGGCAGACCAGCUACAAGAUGGCUGAAUCUCGGAGUGAAGAAAAGAGGGCAGAGGCAUUGCACUCGGACUGCGUGCCAAAGGAGAGGGGACUUCCAGUCAGAAUAUUGAACCAGAAUCAGGAACUAGUAAAUGGCAAUAGCCAAUUGGUAAUGUCCUGCAACUUCAGCUGGCUUAAAGGUGGAUUGGAGAAUGCAAUGAAAGUUAUGGACCAUACUGCCAUUGUAAUUAAAGGGCAGGAUGGCUGGUCUGUUGACAAGCAGGCCGGGGCCACAGAACUUUCCUCCCCUGACCAGAGCUCGCCGUUCAGGCAGCAGCUGGACACUUACUGCUCUCAGCAGGCAAGCCGGCCUGGGGACAUAUUGGAAGGCUCCACCAACACCAUGUGGAACACGCACAACCAGUGCUCGGACACACAAAGUGGGACAGAAAAUCACACACAGGAUCAGCAGGGAAAGACGGGAAGUUCACCACAGAGCUCCCUAGACAAGAUGGCGGGACAGAAAACUGGAAGAAGUCAACUGGAAUUCUCAGCAACCAGCCAGAGCACAGGAACCGUGAGUGAAGACAAAUGCAAGACUCCAAAAGCAUUCAGGCCCGCUGACGAGACCGGAAAAGAAUCUGAACUACAGGCCAGCUCUGGGAUUCUGAAGCCGUUCUCCCACCACAGGAGAAGCACAGAGACCCUCCAGCUCGCGGGUAAGCAGCCAGAGGGAGCGCCACAACGAUCAAAGCGAAAGCCAGACUCCGCCUUCCCGCCGCGAAGAACGGCGGCCCAAAUCCGACCCCAGAAGAUCACCUUCUCUGACACGGUGGUCUCGAAACCCGUGGAGGGAGGCAGGUGGCACCAGGUCCCCAUGAGUGAACAGACUCAAAGGAAAGUGUUCAAGCACAAGGGGGGCUACCGUAGCUGCCAGCACCACUCGGGAAAGGUUCAAAGGUCAUGUUCUGAUGAAGCCCUCCACACAAUCGCUGAGAGAUCUAUAGAGAGCCCAAAUAACUGUAUGUACUCAGAACAUUACAGUCAGUUGAUCCACACAGCUGGGUGCCCUCAACCACAAACAAAACCGCAGCGCAGACAGCUGACCUUUCACGGGACAGGCUGCAGUGUCUUCCAGAAUUCCGCCUCGAAUAACGUCCUGGGCCUGCACUGCGAGGACGACGGCGGCUGCUGUUCCACGUGCUCGUCCUCGUCCUCCGACUCGGAGGAGGAGGGCUAUUUCCUCGGACAGCCUAUUCCGCGGCCAAAGACCAGCAGCGGCCUCCACUUCAGCAGGGAACCCUGGAAACCCAGCCGCACACCUGAAAUCAUGUCAGCACAGAGAGGUAAAGCUGACAGGAAGAGGGAAAACAAGAGUAAAAACUGCACCAUCGCCUAGGCAACCCAUAGACUUCAUGCUGGCUUGUGUGUGAAAUGUUCUGCCCUGGAAGAGGAACUUGGACAUAUGGUUUCCUGUGAUACCCAUAACUCUCCCUUCUGGUCUGGUUCCUUGACCAUAAUGUCUUUCUGUUGGCAAAGGAUGCGGAUAUUCUGGAGCUUAGAUACAGCAUGCCUGGGUAUACAAUUCACCAGAGACACAAGAGAUUCCGCAGAUGCUGGAAGUCUCGAGCAACACACACACACACAAAACGCUGGAGGAACUCAGCAAGUCAGGCAGCAUCGAUGCAGGAGAGUAAAGUCAACAUUUUAGGCUGAGACCCUUCAUCAGGCCAGUCUGGUUCUCAUUUAGGGUCUGAGUCCAAAACAUCAACUGUCUAUUUCCCUCUGUAGCUGCCGGCUGACCUGCUGAGUACCUCUGGAACUUCAGGCGUCUUAUACAAUUUAUUAUUAUCCAGAGAAGAGCAGAGUGGAAACUCGGGCUGGUCUCACCCACUAUAACCUUUCGACAGUUUACUUUCAUCUACUAAAGCCAGUGGACCACACACUUUUCAGUAAUUCAGUUCCCCCCACAGACAGGAAAUUAAAAUCUUGAGCGAUUAAGUAAGUCCAGGAUAGAAAGCUAGGAUCAGUACCAGCAACUGUGAAAACUGUUUGAUUAUUGAACACCUAAGUUGUUCAUCCUUCAGUGAACAAAAAUCUGCCAUCCGUGCCCAGUCAGUCCAGACAUGCAAAAAGCCGCUCAACACAGGCAGUAAAGCCCAUCUUGACCAGUGAACAAACAAAAUGCAGGUGAAAUAGGCAGACUUUCAAAGGUUAUAGGGUGAAGGCAAGAGGAUGAUGUUGAGAGGGAUAAUAAAUCAGCCAUGAUCGAAUGAGGAGCAGACUCGAUGGGCUGAAUGGCCAGAUUCUGCUCCUAUGUCUAAUUGGAAGAAUUAACUAGUUUACUGACUCUGUCUGCUGAUUUCUAUCAAAGAGCCAUUUAACAAAGUUCUUCAACACCAAGAAAUUUACCUUACGAGAAAGACUGCAAAUCCCUCAUUCCUGAAGGGUCUCAACUCGAAAUAUCAACCGUCUAUUUUUCUACACAGAUCCUGCCUGACCUGCUGAGUUCCUCCAGUACAGUUAGACCAUACUUUACCCACUUUGUGCAAUCACUCGUGGCUGAAUUUCUAACUACAGGUAUUUUCCUGACUGUUUUCAAUCUUCUGCUCCAAUUAACAAUUUGGUCUCUGGUUCCACGGAGAACAAUUACAGUCCUGGUCACCUACACUGUUGCCUGAGUUAGACAGGGUGAGACCCUCCUCCAUUCAGUACCAGCCAGCCGGAGCCUCUAGAAUGUCGACUGCUGUUGGCACUGGAAUAUGAUUACCUUUGCCUUAGGAAGGGUGUUGGAACUCAACUAUAUCAAACUUUCCAGAUUUGGUGGGGUUUAUGGUUGAGGCUGAUGAGAGGAUAAAGUCUGUCUGUCUCUCUAUCCACCCACUCUCUCCUCUCUGUCCCCUCCCUCUAACACCUCGCUUCCCCACUCUCUUCUCUCUGCCUUUCUCUCUGCUAUUCCUCUCAUCUCUCUCCCAUGCCUCUCCUACCCCUCUCUCAACUCCUCCCCCCUCUUCUCUCCAUCUCUCUCUCUGCUAUCUGAACAAGGCUUUUAGCAUUACUCCCAACACUACACUGGGUGUGACCCACCUGAUAUCACAGAGAACGGCAGGACGAUUUGCUCACAGGUUUCACAGUGCUAGAUUCAAACCACAUUCCCCUGCUCAGAUCCCAUCGACUUCAGCCCAGGCAUCAACACCACAACUCUGUCCAGCUCUGAAACCGUAACCACAACACUAUUAUAUACAUUUACAUAAUAUCAUGUAUUUUAAAUAAUGUAUUACUACAUAUAUCUAUUUAAUUACUGUGGAUGUUAUUUAUGCUUAUUCAGUGCAUGUAUCAUCUGUGCUUUAAAUGUUGAGCUACAUCUUACUUACAGAUAUAAAGACGAGAACUUGUUGUAAACUUGAGCAAGAUCAACUAAUAAAGUGCUCAAACUGCUCCUAUAAAACUGGA